UGCAGAUUUUCAAAAUGGUGCCCGAGGAAGACGAAAUAUCUGAACGGUUUGGAUCGGUUCGCCUAGUUGGGGGUGAAUCUCUGGUAUCUCACCGAACAGUGUUCAGCAGAGACUCCAAGUAUGUUAUCAAUCGCGUCAUUUCGUGUCGUAAAUCGCAAAGUUCAUUUAAGUCGUGGCGUCGAAGUCCUGAUUGUUUGUUAAUGUCCACAGGAUCUUAUUUUGCUCUUGCGGCCGGAAAAUACGUGUGUACAGCACGUUAACGGGAGAUUUAUUGCGAGAACUCCAAGGACACGAAGGAAAAGUUACAGACUUUAAAAUCAACCCUAAAAAUCACUUACAGGUUCGUACAGAUGGCGAGUUAGAUUGUGGAGGAUUUUUAAAUCGCGAGCUCUGUGCAGUGCAUUGAAUUAAUUUCAAGUUUAAGCUUACUUAGUCUUAUAAUAUAUACCUUUCUAUAAUAAACUGAAUUAUACGAUCAUUUUUAUUUCGGUUCUUCCUUAUGAUGUAUUAGGGGACGGACACAGAUAACAUUACCAUGAACAACACUUUUCUUUACGAUAUAAAACCAAGAUAUUCUGAGUAGCCAUGUGUUGUGUAUUCGUUUAGUGCAAACUCUAACUCUUCGACUGGUUUCUAUAUCCUGCCUGGGUAAAAUUUCCGCUCAGCCCCAUACUACAUUAUGCAUUCAGUUGUUGGAUAGAGAAAACAAUGACAAAAACAAUACAUUACCAUUGGGAAAACAGAUUUGUUUUACAAUAGCAUGGGGCUGUGCGGAAAUUUUACCCCUGCCUGUAGUCAACGAUCAACUAUCUAAUAACCUAGUGCAAUCAUGUUACUUGAUAACAGUACUUUUACAUCAUUCAGUAAUGCAGUAAUUAUUUAUCACACUAUACACUAUACACCAUAACUCUUUCCAAUAAUAGAUUUCAGAAUACGUCAAAAGGUGGUAAGAACAUUAGUGACACACUCUGCUACACCUUAUGUGCCCCUCUUGUUCUUACUACAUUUUGACUUCAUCUGCAAUCUCUUCGUACUGUACAUAUGCAGGCAAUUACAUGGAAUCUACAUGUAUUUUGUCUAUAAGAACUGAAUUUUCAACAUUUUGUCACUAAGUGUGCAUUGUCCUGUGAAAAAGCAAGAGCAGUUUUUGUUGCAGUAUUAAUUAACAAAUUUGGCAUCAUCUUAAACUAUUGUGAUUACUGUAGAUAAUACUUGUACUUUCAAAGGGUUUGAAUUUCAUGUAAACAGUCCACCUUGGGGUUUGCUGUUUAAAUUGUUGUGGAUGUGGGUCUGUGUAAAGUUUGAAUUUGUUUUCCUAUUUGAAUUUGUGUUGGUUACUGCAUCACAAGCUGUAUAUUAACCCUUUAACUCCCAAGAUGUCAUUAGUAAUUCUCCUUACUGUCUGCCAAACAGUUCUUGGGAUGUUAGUUGGAGAAUCUGGUAUUAGAUCAACUUAUAAUCCCCUAAUUGAUAUUUUUAUUUAUUCUCAUCACUUGUCUGCUUGAUAUUGUAUUGAUAUUAUAAAGGAGAAAUUCUGUCUUGAUCACUCAUGGGAGUUAAAGGGUUAAAUGUAGGAUUUCAUGAUGCAGUGAACAUUUCCAUUAACCCUUUACACUUAGUAUCAGUAUGCAAGUUCUCUGUACUAUUUCAAUACAUAUCUAUGGUACUAACAGGAAGAAUUAAUCUAAAAGUCAAGGGCUCCUUGAGCUAACCAAUACCUUUAUUCCUAUGACCUAAUAUUUGGUAGAGCAGUGAUACCGUUGGGAGAAAUUAGAUGCAUAUCACUCUUAGAUUGUAAAAGGUUAAGUCCAUGUUUUACCUCUAGUUAAUUUCCUGUGCAGUCAGUGGAGAUGUCAUAUACUGGGAUUAUACAGAUGGACAGAUUAUUAAGGUAAGCACUGAUCAAAGUACAAUUUAUGUUGCAGUCUAGAUAAAUUGAUUCUCGCAAGGACAAUUAAUAUGCUGGUGUUCAAACUUUUCAGUGGCUCUAGAAUUUUUCAUAUCAGUUUUUUUAUAUCACUUUUUUUUGUGUUUAUCACCUUAUUCUGAAAUUGAGGGAAACAAAUCAUAAACCUUUUAACUACCAAGAUCUCAUUAAUAAUGCUCCUUACUGUCUGCCAUACAGUUUUUGUGAUGUUAGUUUGGAGAAUUUGGUAUUGGAUCAACUUAUAAUCCCCUUACUGAUAUUUUUCUAUAUUCUCAUCACUUGUCUGCUUGACAUUGAAUUGAUAUUGGAAGGAGAAAUUCUGUCUUGGUCACUUAUGGGAGUUAAAGGGUUAAAGUGAUUUUGAUUGUGAAAUUGUAAAUCAAAACUAUAUUUUAACCACAAUGUACACAUAAUUACUCUGUAUUCACUUUACCAUCAGGAUUUGUGUUUUGUAUACUUUUUGGUGUUAGAUUUUACAGAAUUGAUGGGUUAUUUUUCAACAGAAAUACAGAUUUGAGGGUUCUUUAGUAGGAUUGAUGGUUCACUCAGCACAUAAUGAAUCGGUGUUCUUGAUAAAGCAAACCUCAUGUAAAGGUAAAGAACCUUGUAGACUAUAUGUCAUUGCCUUAAAUUUCAAUUGGUAGUUGUAAAAGUUUCAAAUCUGCUUACUGGUUUGUUUAACGGUGUUUAGUUAUUUGCAUGGUCAUCUAUCUCAAUGAUCUGAACCUGUCUAGAAGGUACACAUACAGUAUAUUACAUGCACAAGCACCUUUAAUGUGGCAAGUCAAAAAGGUUUAAGAUCAUAUUUCAAAACAUUAAAUAUGGAAUGGUUGUCACCAAUUGGGAAACCUAUGUUUGAUGGUUGUGUAGCAAGGCAAAACCUUUAGGUUGCCAGGUGUUUAUGGUCAAGAGGUUAGUUGAGAUAAACAUGUGCACACAAGAAAUGAAAAAUUUGAAUGUUCUGCUGUUUUCUUUCAUAAGAAUGUGCCUCUUUCUACUUGUUUGUUUGCGUAUUAUGCUUUGAGUUAUUGUGCUAACAUCCCAAAAUAAAACACAAAUACACGUAUGAAGUCGAUUUCCUAUUUUAUUGGCUCAAAUUUUAUUUCUGGCGACCCAUUAUGAGCUCAGGUCACCUUAUAGAGAAUGGAAGAGUUGAGCUGGAGCUGUGGAACUUAGAAUCUGUUGCUUACUGUCUUAGGUAAGAAGAGAAAAUCAAAGGAAGAAAAGAAAAAAAAGCUUGUUGAACCAGAAGAGUACAGCUUGUCUGUAUACAAUCCAAGAUAUUGUAAAAAAGUUGACAAACCAAAGUUAAAAGUGAUACUUCAUACAUCGGGCAACUCCAAACAGACUACAAUGAGUGGUGAUGUAAGUGCUAAUGAAUAUUCAAUAGAGUAAGGAUGAACAAGUGGAAAAUGGAUCAAAAUCCACUAUUUACUAGUUCUGAAUAUUACUUUUUGACCUUUCAAAUUGUUACCCUUUUUUCCUUCAAUAGUUUGGCACAUGGUUGUAGGAGCUUAAUUUAAAUUUCCUUCUUUGCCUCAAAGUCUCCUCAAUUUACAUGUUAUUUGAGGAUGCACUAAUGAAAAUUUUGUUUUCUUUUCAACCAGGGCAACUUAUUAGCAACUGUGAAGGAAAACAAUCUACACUUGUGGAACUUCCUCUCUGGAAAACUAAAUACGUAAGUGAUGUGCUUUGCAUUGAAGUGUAAAUGUACUUGUACUUAAAAGAUACGUUUACAAAGCCAUGCUUUGUGUGAGAUGACCCCAUGAGAAAUGGUUCAUGCAGUUUUCAAUACAUGCGCUAAAAAAUUUUGACCGAGAAGUAUGCAUUUUUGCCUUUUAGUAGGACAAAUUUACUUAGAACAACUUCAAAAUUACAUGUACUGUAAGUCCUCAUUCUCAAAUACGGUGUUCAUCAUUAUUGUCAGUGGUGCUUUUUGACCCCAUUUUGGUGUGGUUUUGCAUAGUGUGUAUCAUUUAGACCAUAGGAUAGUAGGUGAAGAACUCACUGUAUUUUACAGUAAUUGUAGUUUACAGUUUCUUGUACUUCUUUUUAAUAAUAAUUCUUUGUUUUGUUGUUAUUUUGUUGUUUUUUUGCCAGGUUUUCAUACAGACGCAUACAGUUUUCAUGUGCAGCCUUUCAUCCUUUAGAAGCUUGUGUUGCUACCGGUGUGUGUGGUAGUGGGGAGAUAAUUUUAUGGUGAGUAGCUAAGGAUUCCUCAUGACCAGAUUGCAAAAUGUCCAACAUGAACGUGCUGAUGAAAGUCUACAUGUUGUAUAUGUAUGCCUGUCCAAAGGUAUCAAUCCAUUUUGUCUUUCAAGGAUCACAACAAAGUGGUGUGAAGUGGAAUGAAUAUUAGUAUAUUUGAUUAAAUUUACCUCCAGACUUUUAGAAUUACGUGUAGCUUGUUCUGAUUAAGUCAGCUACAAAGUCAGUAAUUUAUUCAGUACAAUGUAGUUUCCCCAACUAAUUAUGGUGGUGGUGUACAUGACUGUUGUGGAAUUACCAGACUAUGAUAUACAUGCAGAGAAAUUUGUCUAACUCUUUGUAAAAAGACUGCAUGCAUUUUUGUUGUUUACCUUCUGUGCUUAAGGUAAACCCUUAAACUUAAAAGAUGCAGGAAUUAGUGGGUACUUUAAUAUUAUUUAAGUUAUGGUCAUGCACAAAGGAUAAAGGAUGGUUUAUGAAAUGGUGAAGUUUGCUUGUAAAUAUCUGAAUUAAAAUGCCUGAACAAUUUGCAGUUUCUGCAUGUGUUCAGCCCUCUACAGUGUCUUUGGGUUCUUUGUAAUAAUUAUGGUCUCUGAGUGGAUAACGCAGUAAUAAGUUUUGCAGACCUUACACAUGUACAUGACUGUCCUUUCUGUUAUUAGGCAAGGUUUGGAUCAGUUAGAAAGUCCUGCUACUUCAGUUCUUCACUGGCAUCCUAAUCCUGUCUCUGAUAUUAUUUUUUCUCACGAUGGUAAGAUGAUUUGACUUGUCUUUUUUUGUUUACUUGCUUGCAUUAUAUAUGUUUACCUCAUAGUAAGUGGUAGCUACAAGUCUCUCUCUACAGACUUUAAAAAAAGCUUCUCUUUAAGCAAUACUGUACUGAAUGGGUUCACAUCUUACUGACAAUAAAACAGUUUGAACCAAGGGAGAUCAGUUGAUCAUGGAGAAUGAUUUUUGGUGAGGACUGAACAGGACUGUUGUUGAUGGCAAAUCACUUUUACUUACAAUAGUCCUACUGAGAGCUAUGCUGAAGACUCUCAGCUCAACUUUAUUUAAAGCUGUCAUGGCAACUAAACUAGACAGCUUAGAGUGCAGCUGCACAUAAAUGAUGUAUAUGUGCGUAUACUGUAUGAGGUUGAUUGCAAAACUAGAUUUACAUCAUAAAUACAUACAGCACCAUAUUUGAUAGGCAUUUCAUUAUGUUGUACAUGUCUCAGGUUCAAAUAUGUUUUCUGGUGGAGAGGAAGGUGUAUUGGUGUUGUGGCAGUAUAAGACAGAUCACCAAGUCUUCCUUCCCAGGUUAAGCACUCCUAUAAACCAUCUUGCUAUCAGUCCAGAUGAUUCAUUGACAGCUGUCAGUCAAAGAGAAAAUGGUAUGUUGUCAGUCAUUUAUGGGCAGCAGGUCUCAUCUAUGACCAAAAUGAUUCUAAUUUUAUUGAACAUCAUUUAAGAAGUGAAAGGUUUAGAGGCUUGAUGGUUAACAUUCUGGAGUCAAGAUGGAAAGAGCUAGGUUCAAUCCCUUGUAGGGUCUAUUUUGUUGUGUUUUGAGGCAAAUGUCUUUAGUCACAUCACCCCACUCUGCCCAGGAAUGUCUUAGGACAUCAGCAAAUGGUCAAAAACCAAACAAAAUACAGAGGGGGGGGGGGUAAUCUCAGAUAGAUUUGCACACCAUCUAUGGAUUACAUAAAUUACAGAAAAUGGAAUUUGUGGACUUACCUUUGACCAUCUAGUAACUUGAAAAGUGAUGUAAUUUCUUUUAAAUAAUCAGACAUGACUAUACAUGAAAUGAGUACCACUCAGAUGACAAUCUCUUAACUAACUGCUUUGUUUUGGUAAUUGUCCCAAUUAAGUUACCAUUCUAUGCUUGGGAUUGGUUUCUUCCUCUUUGAUUUCAUCAAAUACAGUAUCAUUAAUUGUUUGUAUCUUUUUAAAUUUCAGUUAUUAGAUUAGUUAGCAAUACUGAAUGGAAGAUUAAACGGACAAUUCAGGGAUUGAGGCAAAGUAGGUAUCCCUUGAACUUGAAUUAAACAUCAGCCAUAAUGGUUGUAUGGCAUAAAUGCAUAAUUAUUGUUCAAAUGUAAAAAUUACAUUUAUUUUCUUGUUCAUGGUGUGCAAUGGAAAGCACUUUUUUUAAAGUGCACUCUGGCUGAUAUAAUAGGAGGCUAUCAAAGCAUUUGAAGAUAAAGAGGCAAGAACUUUUGGUCUCUCCUUUUCUGGAAAAUUAUCAAACUGAAAGGAAAUUUUGUUCAGCAACAGUCUCUUACAGCAUUCUCUUGUCAUUACAAUCUAUUACUGCCCUUAUCUCUUCUUUCCAAAAACUUUAAUUGCUCCAUAUUGUGAGAAAAACAGACUGCCUUUGUGUGUUUUCUACUUGAUUGUACUCAAUGUACAUGAUUGUGCAAUGUAUUGUCUCUUUUGUCUUUUUAUAGUUGAUAAUCUUUUUGCUGGCAUUGUGUAUGAUCCACGCUCAAAAGGCCUAGUGACAAGUAACAAGCCUGGUGUUCUACAGUUUUAAUUUUUUCCACAAAGUUUGAUCAUCAUGCAAAAUUUUUUAAAUGGAUAAGCAAACCACUUAAACGUUUUUCUGCAAAUUUUUUUAAACAGAUGAGCAAACCAUUUAUUUACAUGAACUGUUUAAAUGGAUUUGAAAUAAUUUAGAUGAAAUAUGUGAAGAUUGAAUUACUUUUACUUUAUUUGUGGUAGUGGAGAAUUGAUUCUUUUGUAUAAUGUUGUCAUAAAUUGUGUACAUUCAAAAUGAAUUUUUCUUUUGAUUGUAAUAUACUUUACAUGUCUUGUGAUCCUGAUAUAUAAAUGUGGGUGUAGUAUUUAAGAUGUUACAGCAGUUGUAACUGUUGAAUCUUACUUGUCCCAGAUCUGCACAGAAAAAGUAUUGCAUCUUCACCAUUUAUUGUUUGUUUUUUUUUUUUUGUUUUUUAUCUUUUAAUCUCAGCUUGAUGUUGUAAGACAGAACAUUAUUGUCAGAACAAAGAAGGAGCAGGUAGUUUGCACCAAGGUCGAUCAAAUGGCAUUUAAUGACAGUGGAAGCUGGUUGGCAACAGUGAGUUACUUAUCUCUGAAAAAAUUAAUGAGAAUUGAAUUCUGGCAACAAUGUGAUCUCCAUAGAGAUAUUGUACUUGUUUAAUUAAAAAAAAAAACCAUAAGUGAGAUCUGAUAGACUGGUAGGUUCUUCUCACAACAUGUCUUGUGCACCCUGGUGAAACAGAGAAGUACAGAUGUUGCAUCCAGUUGAGUUAGGGCUGUAUUCAGCCACUCCCUGAUGACUUUACAUACAUGUAGGUCCAUGUUCACAGGGAAAGAUGCUGUUUUCUUUGGGUCAGUUACAGAUUUGGAAAAAUACAAGCUACUUGUCUCCUUGCACCCAGGCACUUGUAACGGGAAAUUUUAGGCACAGUCUUCAUACUGUUUUCACACUUACACAUACAGUUUGUACAUGUACAUGUUUUAAAUGUUUGUUAAUGUUGAAUACACAUGUUAGUUUCUGAAACUGAUUGCAAUUGUUAAUUAGGUUGAAAGAAGAGAUGACAAGAAAAAUGCAAUGGAAUUGAGACUCAAAUUCUGGGAAUACAACCAAAGUGAUCAGUGGUAUGAUCAUUAAUCCAUUAAUUGAAUAUUGAUAAGAGCUGACUUACAUCUACAAGACUUGUCAAGUGCAUCUUUGUUUCCUGAAUUUCAGUAGGUUACUAUAUUUGUGACUUUAGGUAAAGUCAGCUUUCAAACCAGAGAAGCUAUUCAUCUGAAACUUUACCUUGUUUCUGUUGCAUGAAGAAUCAGGCAGUACCUCUGCUUCCCCUCAUACUGUUCACCACAAGGUUAUACCUUGCAAUUCAUUGUGAUUCUUUGACUUUUCAGAAGUACCUAAUUGUACUCUUAGGUCAGAAAGAGACACAGUGAGAGUAAAGUGUCCUGCACAAGAAUGCAGCCUGAUCCAGCUAGACUUCAAGGCUAGCCAUUUUUGUCCACAGUUCAGUGCAGUCAUUUUUUUAAUUUCUUGUUCUCUCUUGUUUUCUAGUUAUGUUACAAACACCUGUGUUGAUUCACCUCAUGAUAAGAAGAUUGUAGCCAUUCAGUUUCAGCCUCAGCAGAAAAGAGAUGAAAGUACACCUCCUCUUGCCAUGACUGCUGGAAAGGAUGGAAAAUUCAAGAUCUGGCUUUUGGCUGAAGAAACAGCUAUCAAAGGUACAUAUGUAUGUAAAAAGUUAAUGUACAGAACAUUUCAAGAGAGAUGUGUGGGGUUGAAAGGAAAAAAAAAACUAAGACCUUUUGAGAGGCAUCCCACAUAGUGUGCUCUCAAGGAAUUUCCUGAAGGGCAAAGGAAAUCAAGAAUUUCAAGGAAAAUCACAAAAACUGCUAAACAUUUCAAUACUAUUUAGCAGUGCUUGAUGUCUAUGGACACCUUGAUGUAUGACUUGCUUAUAGUGUUUUCAAAGUGGACAGAAAAAAUAUGAAUUAACAAACAAACAAAACCCCUCCUGCCCCCCCCUUCAUUUUGCUCACCUUCCCUCCACCCUUAAAACUUUUGCUGAUUGCAUUGAAGGACAUGGUUUAUCUUUGUGUAAAAAUCGGAAAUACUAUCACAACAUACAUGUGAGUUUAUUUUUGCCCUUUUUUGCAGCCAUGAAUGGUAUGCUGUUUGUAGGGUAAUGUGUAACCAUCUUAUCUGUACUUUCAGGGAAGGAAUACUCUUGGUCUUGUCAAUCAGUUGGUUACUAUGGUGACCAACCUUGCCAAGAUGCAGCUUUCUCACAGGAUGGGUCUCUCCUAGCAGUGGCUUAUGAUAAGGUUCUUGGCUCAUUAACCUUUUUACACCCUAAGAUCAGUAUUUAUAUUCUUCAUACUGUUCUCUGCACAUUUACUAAGGUGCUGACAAGGAGAAUUAGUCCAACAAUCAAGAAUUUCUCUAGUUGGUGAUCAUUUCCUUUAUUCUCAUGACAUUAAUGUGUGAUUCAGAGGUGAUAUUGUAAGGAGAAAUUAGAUGCUGGUCACUCUUAAGGGUUAAAGGGUUAAUGUAUUGUACUGGGUUCUCAUAUCACUUAUACCAUUGUUUGUUUUUCCUUUUUCUUCCUUUCAUUCUUCCAUUUACACGCUUGUGCAUGUGUUCAUUUUGUGUCCUUUUGUUCUUGUAUUUUUUGGUCGUUCAUCUGUUUGUUUAUUCUUACCUUUGUUCUUUUCUUGUUUCCUUUCUUCGUUCAUUCGUUUCGUUGUUCAUUGGUUUUGUUGCUUUAUCACUGUGUUCAUUCCCGUGUUUUUUCAUUCCUUCAUUCCUCUGUUCCAGUAUUUCUUGUAUUCCUCAUUCUUUAUGUCCUCAACUCAGGUUUAUUAGGCCAAUAUUCGUCUGUUAGUACAAUAAGAGGCCCUAUCGAAGCCCAUUACAGUGUAACAUUGCUGUUCCUGGGUCAAAACGGUGCCAAGAAGAAAAUUUUCCAAAGGUCGCUUGGUAGCCCCCCAUCUGACUACUGAGCAUUACCCAGGAAAAUAAUAUUUUCCUUUUUCUUGAUUCAUUGAUGGAGGCAAGUGUUGCAAAGAAACCAAGUUCUAAAUGAACUCAUUCCUUUUUUUACAUUGUGGGAUGGUACAUUUAGCUCGGUCCUCAUAGCUUUUUUUCAUACAUGUACGUAUUGGCAAGCUGCACUUUAAACUGUAAUUAUGCAGUGAGUAAUAGACCUGGAAAAAGUACGCGCGUCUGAUUGGCUGAAAACGAGUGCAUUCUCAUGUAAUUCGAGUGCAAAGUUGUAACAUGAGUGCAAAUUAUAAAUGGCGCGCGCGCUGCCAAAAUGUCGUCGGUCUUGGGUAUCUGUGAUGCGUUUUUCAUGUAAGUUAUUAACAAGUAACAAUGUUAUUUCGAGUGCAAUUUGGUGUAAAUAAGCACUUAUAAAUUUUUCAAAAACUACAAAUUACACUAACACUACUCGCUCGUGCAAUUUUGUUGUCUUUGAAAAGUUCACUUGUGCCUAUUAACUUAAAAUUGCACUCGAAAUCAUGUUUUUAUCUAUACAAACCAUGUUAGUUGUAAAAUUACAAAAUAAUAAAACUAUAUGGUUCAACUAUCAAGGAAACAAUUUUUUAUUUUUGUCAUCAUUAUUUUUUAUUUUACAUGUAGGUUAUCACUCUAUGGACCCCAAGUACAAAUGAGCUGAGAAAGACUCUAGCUUUACCCUACCCUGAUGAGGAGAUCAAGUAAGACUUCAUAUUACGUCACGUCAGAUACGUCAUAUUACUUGUUCGCACAAUUCUUUAGUUUGUUAUUAACUCAUCUACACUCGAUUACAUGCGUGUUACACGCACAGGUGUUCUGAAUGCCACUCGGCCCUUUCGAAGCUCAGAGCAGUUGUCCGUACUUCUCUGAGUCAAAUAGGAGCCAAGAAAAACAUUUUCUAUAUGGUCGCUUGGCAGACUUCAUUCUAUGUCUCUACAGCAUUACCCAAGAAAAUAACAAAACAUCUCUUUCUAGGGAACCUAUAAAUGGUUAUGAAAUUUGUAUAAUGCUUAUAUGAAUUGAUCACACCUGUACUUUGAUGAUAGCACAUGUAGCAUUGAAUGAUUGAGUUGUGUUUGUAAGUUAAUGUGGAGAAUUUCUAAAGCCUACAUUGUGAGAGUAAGCGCUUUAAUCGGAGCAAAUGGCACAGGGCUAAAGCCCGAAACAUUAGUUUUGUAAUUUCUGUACGGUGGCCAAUGUACUUUAUCUACUCAGUUGAUCAUACCAAAUUAUAUUACUAUAACCCUACUGGAGCAACACCAUAGUUUCUUUACAAAAUUCCCCCCUUAUUUUGUGAAUUACUGUUUUAUGUAUUGUUCCCUUUAAAGGCGGAUCAAGUUUGGACAUAACAGCUCCUCACAGUACUUGGUCUCCAUCACCAAUCGGUAUCUAACUGUGUGGAAUCUUCUCUCCUGUACAGGUGAGUAGAAAUGUUCAGUUUAAUUUUCAGUUGAACGUGGAAAGGAAUUCGAGAACUGCAUUUGUGUUGCUUUGCUUACCUCAGUAAACACGCAGAAUUUCCAAUUGAGCGUCGGAAGUAAUUCGAGCAAUUUUUGGAGUAGUAAAUUUUAAAUACUCGAAGUUGAAUAGAAUUAUGGGAUUCUUUUUUUUAAGAAUUUUGGCGUCAGGCAAGUAGUAAAAAUACUCACAGGUCUAAUGGGGGUGCGGAGGGGCCUGUACCUCCCGGUUCUCCAGAAUUUCCGCCCCCCAGCCCCCCCCCCCCUUCCUUCACCACCACUGAGUAUUACACGAAGUGUGUUGCGUGAUGAUGCCAGAACAACGGCCGCGCAAAAGACUAUGGAAGAGACCUACUAAUAUUAACUUGUACACUCUGUGAUUAAUUUGGGCAAACAGUCUUUCCACGCUGAUUAUUUGUGUUUUUCUUUUCUUUUAGUUUGGUGGAGUGUGGAAGCCCCUGUGACGUGUUUACUGCCUGAUCCACAAACAAAUCUGAUUUGUGUUUUCGUUUCAUUCAACAAGAACAAAUCACACUGUAAGUGGGCCUUGUUAUCGUCGUUCUGGUUUUAAGAUCAUCCGUCUGAUCUUAGUGAACUGAAUCUUGCUUGUAAUUCUUAAAACCCAUUUACUCUUAGAAUGCAAAUUUAUUUUACAAUCUAAAUACACUGUUGAGCAAAAAGGUGCUGAGAAUUACGAAGUUCAUAAACGAGGAGAAUUUGUCCUGCCGUAACACCAAAAUCUUCGAAAUAGCUAACUAGCAGAUGGGCGUUAAAGGUUCGAUACUCAUGUUUAAAAAAUGGCUUUAUUUGAGACACUUAACAGGAAGUAUGGAUGUACUUUGCCAUAAACAGAAAGGAAAUUCUAGUCUAAGUGACAGAGAAUUUUCCCCAGUCGUUGAGACUAAACGGAGACAGCUUAUUCCCGUUUCCGUGGCAUGAACGGAUGACAUUCCACACUUUGGUCAUCAAACGCACCGACUAUCAGAAUUUUAUCUGGUUUCAAGCCAUUUACCGGCGCCAUUUAUAUUCUGAGCAACAAGAACAAGGAAACUGAAAGUUUUGUCUUCACAACAACCAAAGCGUGUUUAAAAGAAGUUGGGAAACAGAGACAAGAAGUAAUUACUAUUUAACUUUGUUAAAAGUGGCCAUAUAUUUUUUUUAAUUAUAGUGUACAUUUUCGACCCAGCCUCCCCUCAUCCUGUAGCUGUUCAGUCCUCUGUGUCCAGGAGGUCGGAUGUUGUGUCAGCGGUCUUCGACAGGGAAAGCGUUUUAUGCAGCAACAAAAAUGGGAAAUCGUUCAAAAUGUCGAAACUUUACUUCUUGAAUCAGGAGCAGGUAUGGGAAAAUUGCUGUAAGUUUAUUUGGUUUUUAUGAGUGUUGAGGAAAAAACUUACAGUUUUUGAUUGAGUACCUGAUGCAGUUCGGUUUUGCGCGAGAAACCAUGACGUUUUUACAAAGUUUGUAAAAUUAGCGAAAAAUGCAAGCUAUAGGACUUAACGUUACCUUUUUCCAUUUCAGAAACUGUUCACAUUGGAUUUUGGUGAAUCAGAAGAUAAAAAGAGUCCAGUCAAGUCACAGGUGAGUAACUGUGACCCUGUCACCCUCAGGAAUGACCAACCAACCAACCAAUGACCAACUCGUAAUCUCUCCUUGUAAUGCUAUAAUCAAUAUCAUCACUGUGAAACUUUGUUAUUGAUCUUAAUGAUUUUUUUUUGGUCACGUCGUUUUCCCUCUUUAUUUUUGUUUGUUUGUUUGUUUUUCUUUUAAUUUUUUAAAAGGUUUUAAUGUUAAACAGUCGAAAUAAAAAAAAACGAGCUCUAAUCUUGAAUUAAAACAGACAUAUCGUCAAACCUCUAAGAAUUUUUCUCCGUGGGAAGGGUACGUUGUCCACUUAAAAGUCAUUGCCGCUGUUUCCAAUUGAAUAAACUACCACAUCUGUUCUACCUUUCCUUUCUUUAUUUCUAUUGAAUUGCCGCCUAGCAAAAAGUGGAUUUAUAGAAGCGAACCGUUUCCACACCCCCACCCCACCCUAAUUGAGAUCCUUUUAUUAAGCCAGUGCUUUAGGCUUUUAGUAAUGUUUGACUUUUCCUUUAAACUUACAUGAGUGAAUCAGUCAAUGACGUGAUUUUUGACAUUGCUUUAUUUCAGGAAUCUGCUGCGAAGCCAGAAGAGCAAACUGAAUUCUAUAAGAUCUUCGGACAGUCAACGAAGAGAAGUAAGUGAUGAAGACAGCAGCUGUCUUUCGUAACCUACGGUCUGGUCAUUGCCUUCAUUCCUGCAGCUUAUAAUCUGCGAAUGUAUUCUUCGUGGCAAUAUUUUCCUGUCAAAUCCUCGACCAACACUCGUAAAUCUCGAUUCUCAUUCCAGCCAUGGACGGCUUCUUUCCACGUUUCAUUAUUCUUUUUCUUCUUUUUAUCAUCACUGUUAUCAUUUUUUUUACUUACCCAAUGAAGGUUAUCAACUUAUCUCUGUUUCAGGAGCGGAGUCCACUUCAGAUCACCGCGUCGGUAAAGGUGUCAGGGGAAAUCCAUCAAGCGCUGUGGUCAGACAGGUUGGUUCGAAGUGUUUUGAUUCCAAAAUUUAGGCUUCUUAAAUAUUGCUUACCGUAACGAGCUCGAAUGCGGAUUUCUUUCUUUGCAGAUGCUGCAGACCCCUUCUCAUGUUCUUCCUUCAGUUUCCUCUAUUUGCUCAUCAUUUCUGCAGUCACUGUUGGUCAGCAAGCAAUCCGCGCCAAGGUAACAUUUUCUUUUCCAAGUAUAUAACCUGAGUUUCGUUACGCAUAGACUGCUGGGAAAAGCGCUGCAUACCAAAUAACACGUGUAAAAGGAUAAAAUUGAUGAGCGAAAACAGGCCAUGAGGUCUAUUUUAUGUGAAAUUUCGUCUCACUUAUUCUGAUAUGAACAUUUGUUUUCUUUAUUUUUUCGACUUUCUCAGGGAAGAUCAAGAUAAUGACAAGAAUAGUGAUGAUGAAAACGAAGGUAAGUUUUUCAGGACCUUUGCUGAAAAUCUGUCACACCUCGUGUGACUUACAGCCCUUAGCGACCACUAUAGCGCUUAAAUGUUGUAAAACCGAACAAUCUCAGAGGCGAGUGAAGCAAAAUUAGUGCGAUUCCAACUACUGUCGACGUUCAUUUCAAUCCCUUAAUUGAUUUAUUUCUAACUAAUAGAGCAAUUCUUGUUUUUUUGUUUGUUUUUUAAAAUUUUUUUUCUCCUGCAGUUGAAAGUAUGGAUGAGGAUGAAGACAGCGACGUAGAAACAACGCGUGUUGCCGAAGGAGCUUCCGGGCAAGUUCCUGACUCUUCGAUGGAAACGACAGACAGUGCUGUUUUGCAAAGCAGGCAACUCAAUUCCGGAGAACAUUACGCUGAUCUUGACAGUGUUAAUUUUACCUGGCUAAAAGACUUCUUCGCCUCUUCUUAAGUCAACUUUGUUGUCGCUAACAUCAGAUGCAGGAUAUGUGCGUGAAUAAAACGAAAUAAGUAUUUCAUCAAGGAUGAAUGAAAGUGAAAAAUUAAAACAAUACAAUUUCCUCAGUGCCGUGUCUCAUCUCGAAAGAAUGCCCCGCAGAUGAAGGACAACCAUGAGCUCUCUGGAAGAGAAAUGUAAAUGUUGUACUUUUGUGGGGAGACCCCUUGCAGUGUAAAUUAAAACUGAACAGUGUUGAAAAUAUAUUUACUAACAAGGAAAAAAAGUUUUAAAGUAUUUUAUCAGGGAUCUGGUUUUCAGGGGAAUCAGUCGUCGCCAACAAAUUAUUACUAGAACGGACUUUGACUGCCGAUCAACUGCCAAUGAGGGGAGAUCAUUACAAAGCCUCGGGGGGUGGGAGAAAAAGGAAAAUUUUACCGCAAAACAUGUUUAUGGCGUCCGUGCGCAUGUCUCCAUUGUACACUUUUUUGCCUCAUUUUAUAAUAAAUGGCUGUAUUACUUGAUAUUUUAUAAAAAAGAAUUAAGGAUAAGGGCUGAAGGCUCCAAUAACGAAUCUCGUAC